AUGGCCUCUAGGCUCCUGCAUCGCCACAUUCGAGAACAGCUAAAGGGCCUGAAGGGAGUGACUCAUGAGAGCCUGGUAGUGGGUGCCAUUGAGAACGCCUUCCGGCUCAUGGAUGAGCAGAUGGCCCGGGAGUGGCAUGGCCACCAAGUGGAGGGGGGCUGCUGUGCACUGGUUGUGAUCUACUUGCUAGGCAAGGUGUAUGUGGCCAACGCAGGUGACAGCAGAGCCAUCAUUGUCCGGAAUGGUGAAAUCAUUCCAAUGUCCCGGGAGUUCACCCUGGACACUGAGCGCCAGCGUCUUCAGCUGCUUGGCUUCCUGAAACCAGAGCUGCUGGGUGGUGAAUUCACCCACCUUGAGUUCGCCCGUAGAGUUCAACCUCAGGAGCUGGGGCAGAGGAUGCUGUACGGGGACCAGAACAUGACUGGCUGGGCCUACAAAAAGAUCGAGCUGGAGGAUCUCAGGUUUCCUCUGGUCUGUGGGGAGGGCAAAAAGGUUCGAAUGAUGGCCACCAUUGGGGUGACCCGGGGCUUGGGAGACCACAACCUCAGGGUCUGCAGUUCUACCCUGCCCAUCAAGCCCUUUCUCUCCUGUUUCCCUGAGGUGCAAGUGUAUGACCUGACACAGUACGAACACUGCUCAGAUGAUGUGCUAGUCCUGGGAACAGAUGGGCUGUGGGAUGUCACCAGUGAUGAGGUAGCUGCCACUGUGGACAGCGUGCUGUUAGCCUAUGAGCCCAAUGACCCCAGCAGGUACACAGCUCUGGCCCAAGCUCUGGUCCUGGGGGCCCGGGGCACCCCCCGGGACCGUGGCUGGCGUCUCCCCAACAAGAAGCUGGGUUCCGGGGAUGACAUCUCGGUCUUCGUCAUCCCCCUGGGAGGACCAGGCAGUUACUCCUGA